AUGUACAUACACACAGACACAUAUACAUACACAGAAAUACACACACAGACACAUGUACAUACACACAGACACAUGUACAUACUUACACAGACACACACACAUACAAGUACACACACACACAGCCCUAUAAAAAGUUGCAGUACUUCGUUGCCUUCACUCACAGAGUUGGGUACUGCACUCUAGGGGGAGGCAGAGAGCACAGCACACACUCCUUCCUUUGCUUUCACUUUGCUCAACUAUUGAGCAGUCUGACGGCUCCCAGUCCAAGUGACAGAUCCGGCCCUGAGUUCCGAGCCUGU